UUCGCAUGCUCCACCAGAUCGGGAUCUGCUACCGCGCUCGCGCUCAGCAGGUGAGCGUGUCUCGGGCUUUCAGCGAAUUGGCGAACGAACCCUUUAGACGCCGAUUAAACUUGCUCACAGCCGGGCUGGACAUGUGACACAUUGGGCUAGGCGCACUAUCGCUUACUGUUUGUCCCUUUGUGAGAUGGGUGAAGCCGGCCUGAAUACGUGGCCAUGGCGUUCGUUCCUUGUUUCUUUUCUUGGUUUGUGCUGCAAUUCCUUCAGCGUCAUCCUGGGUUCCGAUCUCUCCCUACUACUGUGUAAGCAGCCAUGAGCGGGCUUCCCCUGCCGGGAGCGGACUCGGGCGUUCACUUGCACCUGCCUCUACAGCGUAUAUAGACUGGCCUGGGACGAGGCAUGGCUUGCCUCAGGACCUAUGGUUCUUGUAGUCCAACCCAGAAGCAGACUUGAUAAGUCAGCAUUAUAUCUCUAUUGAAGACAAAUCUCUACUCUCAACAUACAAACUACCUACCUAGGUACCUAACGAUCUCGAUGUUCGCCCCACGGGUUAACACCAAACUAUGCUCCCCUAAACACGCAAGCCAGCUCGGCCGGACUGUGGCGCCCCUGCUCCAGUCCUAUAUAUCCUCGGGCUCUACUUCCUCAGUGGUCGGCCUGCGGCUGGCCGCAACUACCCCCCCAACCUCCACCCAGCACCGGUCUUUCUCGUCGACCCCAGCAAACCACCUUCGAGACUUCUUCCCCGCCAAGGAGACCGAGAACAUCCGCACAACGCCCCCGGCGUGGCCUCACCAUGGCGCCACUGAGGCCGCGAUGCUCGCGGUGGAGCCUGGCCACCGCCCUCCCGUCACGCUGGGAGAUCGGUUUGCCUGGCGCCUUAUGCGGCUUUGCCGGUGGGGGAUGGACACCGUCAACGGUUUGAGCAAGGACCAGAAGACGAAUAAGAAGGAGCCCACCACGGCGGUGGUGGCCGAGAAGCCACUCACUGAGGCCCAAUGGCUCGUCCGAUUCAUAUUCCUCGAGUCCAUUGCUGGUGUUCCGGGCAUGAUCGCCGGCAUGCUCCGACACCUACAUUCGAUCCGUCGUCUGAAACGCGACAACGGUUGGAUUGAGACGCUCCUUGAGGAGUCAUACAAUGAGAGAAUGCAUCUUUUGACCUUUAUGAAGAUGUGUGAACCAGGCUGGUUUAUGAAAUUCCUUAUUCUCGGAGCGCAGGGUGUCUACUUCAACGCCAUGUUUCUUAGCUACCUGGUCUCACCUCGUAUUUGCCACCGGUUCGUCGGGUAUCUCGAGGAGGAAGCCGUCCAUACUUACACGCGAUGCCUCCACGAACUUGAGGCCGGGUACCUGCCGAAGUGGACAGACCCUGACUUCAAGGUGCCAGACAUUGCCGUGACGUAUUGGAACAUGCCAGAGGGGAAGCGGACGAUGAGGGACCUGAUUCUAUACAUCCGUGCCGAUGAGGCGACUCACCGUGGGGUCAACCACACCCUUGGAAACCUGAACCAGACCGAGGACCCGAACCCCUUCGUGAGCACCUACAGGGACGGCCACAAGCUUCUCCCGAUGACGAAGGCUGAGGGCUGGGAGAGGGAGGAGGUUUUGUGAAGAGCGCCAGCAAAAUCGAGCGGGUACGUCAAAAGUGGUGAAGUGGCCUCGGCGAUAUUCUCUUGUGGUUAUUGUGUUUUUGUUUUUACUAGACCUGCAUACUGGCCAGGGCCUACUCACGGCGUCCUGGAAAAUUCUCUACUCUCAAGAUACCCUCAAAAUAGAACUAUAGACCUCUGUUAUGGAGACGAGCAAUGGAUCUGGUUUCUCGAACCCUGCAGAGGGGCCCUUGCCAGUUAGCACAGGACUCCAUCCCUGCUUGAAGCCACAAGACACAUGCAUGGUCCUUCACCGGCGUGUCGGAGUCAAGACAUGUAAGAUCUGCUGACUGAGCAACGGACAGACUUUGCGUCUACCAAGUUGGUGCGUCUCAUCCAUCGCACCUGUGCGGCCUCUUGGGCGGCCCUGACAUCAAGAACAGGGCCCUUGGGGAGAGAAAAUAACCACGGGAUGACCAAAAAAAAUUCAGUGGAUGACAAGUGGCCCUCUCGGUCAUCGCUCUUGGAAGCCUUGGUGGUGUGACUUCGCGUAGAUCACUCGCAAACUCGCUCGGGGCUUUGGGGGGGGGGGGUCUAAUUGUCAGCUUAUUCGCGUGUUACUACUGCCAGUGCAAUAAGUACCAUCGACAGAUUCUCCAUUCAACCCCCUUUGGUUACCCGUGAUCGUGGCGAUGGCGUGCAAAGCGGAACCCGAGACUUCGGGUCUUAACCCUGGUCAUGGCCCCUUCCUUACUCACGCAAGACAACGUUGGAAGCCCGAGAAUUGGAUGUCAGUGUGCUAGCCAAGACAACUCUAGUGAGCUGCCAGACUUUCCGAUCAAGGGUCUCGGUUGGGGGGGGGGGGCAAGUGUGAAGGGAAGGGGGCGGACGGAAAUGUCUGUGAAGCCUUUGAAAAGUAGAUUCCGCCAACGCACAGCUUUGAUGUCCUCUUGUUGGGCUAGGUUGUGGACAGGUGUGGGACGGCAAGGGCUGGAGGAACCCGACAGCGGAAAUCCUUCGAAGACGUUUCCUGCUUUCUAGAAGAGUACGGAUCAGCCCUACAGAUCUCACCCGCAGGAUCUGAACCCCGAGGGGUGGGGGGAGCGCUGCUCUGGUGGCGAGGACAGGUGGAUGUCCGUCUGAGCUCGCGGUCUUUGUCGUGCUGCAACUGUACGCUAUACGCUCCACUGCCAGCCUGUGUGGCCGGCGCCAACGGGCCAAGAAUUUGGGAGUUAGGAUGCUUGGAACCAAGAGAGCUCGCACAAAUCACCUCGACUGUUCCUUGUGUCCCCCCUCCCCCCCCCCCCGGCCUGGCGCUUUUACCGUGCCCCUUAAUCACCAAGACCUCGGACGAAAUGAUAAGCUCAGGGUCAUCCACCAUGUAAGCAGAGCUGGUGAGUGCAGGAUCGGAUGAAUGCCGAUCAAGAGUAUGAGAUCAUCCAGGAAGUCUUGGUCGAUCUGCCCAGUCCGCUCAGUGGUACCGUGUAAGGUCAUUGAGAGUGCCUCUUCCCGAAGACUGCUGGGAGUCAUAUGCUCAGAAUGCUGUGGCCGGGUGGUCUAGUGUACUCCGUAGAUGUGGGAGGAUUCCAAAAUAGCAACUCAAGUCCACGCUGCCACGCUGCCACCCACCCUGUUGUCCAGCUGGACAGGGGAGGCUCAGUUAUCGCUCGCCCACCCAGGGUACGGAGUACAUAGUACAUGCAAUAGGGGGAGCAAGGUUGAAAGUUGAAACAGUCGGGCAGGCGAGUCGUCUUGUUGGUGAGGGCUGUUAGGCGGACAGUUGGAGUCGGGCGAAGGAAUUUGUUUUAUUUCCCGGUGUCAACAGCAGUUGUUCCCCGGGCCUUGUUUCGUUGCAGCUCCUGUGGGCGAGGUGGAAUUGUUUCGCUGACCUGCUUUCCCACGGGAAGGGAUUUCAGAAGCAGGUGUGUCAGGGCAGCCCUGUCGAGGAUGGAGAUGGUUCAGGUAGAUUGGGUACAGCCUCAAUCGUCAGUGUGGUCUGAUGGCAGCUGCCCAUGGAGAUUAGGUUCAAUCUGCACGGGAGCCCGAGCGCCGGGGACAGAGACAGUCAGGACAGUGUACGGAGUACCAGCUAGGGCAGUGCAGUGGGCAGCAAACGCAACUAACUGGU